AUGCCCGGCCUCCUCGCCACGGCGUUACAAUCGGCAACCCUCAAAGCGUCCGCCAACUUCACGGCCCAGAUCGUCAACCAGCACAGGCAGGGCGGCGCCGUGCCGCUCGACGUCCGGCGCAUUUUCGAGUUCGCGACGUUCGGCUUCAUCCAGGGACACAUGAACUACUGGUGGCAGCACUUCCUCGAGGACCAGUUUCCCAACUCGGCGAGCAAGGCGGCGGCCAAGGCGGCGGCGUCAUCAUCGUCUAUCGAAAAGGGGGAGGAGAAGCCGGACAAGCCGGAACUACUCGUCGUCGGCGGACAGCAACCACCCGCGGGGAAGAACUACUUCAAUGUCGCGCGCAAGGUCGUGGUCGACCAGACACUGGGUCUGUUCAUGAUGAACUCGGCCUUUCUCAUCAUCACGUCGGCGCUGAGGACGGGGAGCGCGACCAUCACGUACCAGAUCUGGAGCGAAAGGAUCUUCGACCUCAUCAAGGCGGCGUGGAAGCUGUGGCCGCUGGUGGCAUUUUGCAACUUUUGCUUUGUGCCUGUCGGGUACAGGGCACUGGUGGGGAUGACGGUCGGCUUCGCGUGGAACAUGUUUCUCACGUUUUUCUUGUCAUGA